AGCCUCUACAAGUUCAUGAAGGAGCGACACACACCCAUCGAGAGGGUGCCCCAUCUCGGCUUCAAGCAGAUUAACCUGUGGAAAAUCUACAAGGCAGUGGAAAAGCUGGGGGCCUAUGAGCUGGUGGCCCUGGGAGGGAGCACUGGCCGGCCGCCAGGCGAACCCCCUGCAGCCUUGCGGCCCCACCUCUGGAGAAGCAGCAGCUGCAAAACUGCAGUCCUUGCCCCAUUCCUGAGAGGGGGCUGUGAGGACCCGCGGCCAGGGGGCGCCUGCCGGCCGCCCCCUCAUGUGUUGCUCUUGCAGGUGACUGGUCGCCGCCUCUGGAAGAACGUGUACGACGAGCUAGGGGGCAGCCCAGGCAGCACCAGUGCAGCCACGUGCACGCGCCGCCACCUCUCCAGGCUGGUCCUCCCCUACGUGCGGCACCUGAAGGGAGAGGAUGACAAGCCGCUACCCCCCUCCAAGCCCAGGAAGCAAUACAAGAUGGCCAAGGAGCCGCAAGGGGAUGAUGGGGCCACCGACAGACCAAAAAAGACCAAGGAGGAGCAGCGAAUGGACCAGGUGAUGCCAGCAAAGACCAAAGCAGAUGUCACCGAACUGGCUCCACUUCCCAGCCCGGACCCCUCCAGGGACAGCACAGAACCGGCCUCUGGGCCCUCUCUGCCCUUUGUAGGUGCCAGCUGCUGCCCUGAGGCCUACAAGCGCCUCUUGUCCAGCUUCUACUGCAAAGGGACACAUGGCAUCAUGUCACCACUGGCCAAAAAGAAGCUCCUGGCCCAGGUGACCAAGGCAGAGGCCUUGCAGUGCCAGGAGGAAGGCUGUCGCCAUGGGGCAGGCAGCCCUGCUGGGGAGUCCCAGGUACCCCCAGCUGCCUGCCCCCCAGAAAGCCCCCAGAGCCCAGGAGGGCUGGCUGAGAAUUCCAGGCACCGGCUGACCCCGCAGGAGGGGUUGCAGGCCCCUGGUGGCAGCCUCAGGGAGGGGGCUCAGAUGGGCCCCUGUCCAACAGCCCCUAUCUUCACGGGCUGUUUCCACAGCUACCCCACUGAGGUGCUAAAGCCUGUCAGCCAGCACCCCCGGGACUUCUUUUCCAGCCUUAAAGAUGGGGUGGUGUUGGGGCCUCCUUGUCAAAAGGAGGGACUGUCAGUCAAAGAGCCCCAGCUGGUGUGGGGAGGCGAUGCCAACCGCCCCUCUGCAUUCCACAAAAGUGGCUCCAGAAAGGGCAGUCUCUACCCCAAGCCCAGAGCCUGCUGGGUGUCCCCCAUGGCCAAGGUCCCAGCCAAGAGCCCGGCGCCCCCACCCACCUUCCCCAGCAGCCCAGGCCUCAGCAACAAGCACAGCCUGGAGGAAGAGAGCUUUGCCCAUGGUGGCAAGAAACUGCGGGCAGUGUCUCCCUUUCUUAAGCAAGUGGACACCAAGGAGUAUGGGCCCAAAUUGGCAGGGCCCGGCCUGGCCGUCUCUUGCCUGCUGGGCCCACCUCUGGGACCGGCCCCCCCGGAGGCCUACAGGGGCACCAUACUGCGCUGCCCACUGAACUGCACCAGCCCCCCGGACCCCUUAAAGGGCCAGGCCACACUCCCUUUCAGCCCUCUGGUCAUCCCGGCCUUCCCGGCCCACUUCCUGGCCACUACAGGCCCAUCACCCAUGGCUGCCGGCCUGAUGCACCUCCCCCCCGUGUCCUUUGACAGUGCCCUCCGCCACAGACUCUGCCCGGCUUCGUCUGCCUGGCACGCACCACCGGUUACCACCUAUGCCGCGCCCCACUUCUCCUUCCACCUCAACACCAAGAUGUAGGUCAGAGCCCGCAGCGCUGUGCUGUGGUGGGUCUGCUGUGCUCAGGAUGGAUAGGUGCUACCAGGGCAUCCAAGCUGGAGUCU